CAGGCCUCCUCAUCCAACAUCAGUGCCUGACCUCAUAAACACCCUAUAGAAUAAAUGGGCACAAAUUUUUUCCGACAGAAACACUUCAAAUUCUUGUGGACAGCCUUCCAAAAAGAGUGGAAGCUGUUUUAGUUGCAAAAAGUUGCAGAAUGCUAUCCAAAAAACUGGGCGAACAGCUGGGGCGACCCACUCAGUCCCUCUCUGGGUGGCUAAUUAGCAAGUUCCUGAAGAAGCAUAACCAGAUCUUGGAGGAGAAUACCGUGAAGCUGUGUAAAAUCCAGCCUAAUGAGACAGUGUUGGAGCUGGGUUAUGGUCCAGGCCUGGGUUUGCAGCAAGCUGUCCAACAACUUACAGGGUCUGAAGGAAAGCUGCUAGGAGUGGAUUACUCCACAUACAUGCACAGCAUGGCGACAAAGAGGAUGCAGGAGCACAUUGCCCGUGGGAAAGUGGAUCUUUACUGCUGUGAUGUAGCAGCAAUGCCAUUUGAAGACAGCAGUGUGGAUAAAGUGUUCCACUGCAAUUGCUACUACUUCUGGCCUGACCUGAAGGCAGCAGCCUCAGAGAUACAUCGAGUGAUGAAACCAGGUGCGCUCAUGGUAACGACCCUCAGAUUGGACCGUAUUGCUAGCCUUGCAUCCAGGAAAGUGUUUCCAGGAGAGAACUGGAGACCCGAAGCCUACAUGGAGGCGCUGCAGUCCUGUGGGUUCGCAGAUGUACAAAUGGAGAACAGAGCAGAAAAACUCAUCUCAUUUCAAGCAAUUUAUGCCACUGCAGCAAAAUGAUGGACAGGUGACCUGCUGUUAUGCCCAGGGUUACCAGUAGAGGAUCUGGAUAUGCAACAACCCUGACCAGGAUUAAGGCCAAACAAAUAAUUGCGCAAAAACAUAAAGCAAACUUUGAAAAUUAAUUAAAAGAAGCUGAGACGCAGAAGAUUUUGCCUCGAUCAUUUUUAGUAAUCGCAUUACUCCAGGGAUCGUUUCAGUCCUAAUUAAUAUAUAACAAUAUAUUGAAAAAUACAUAAGGAAUUGCUGUUUUUCAUAUAUAUAUAUAUAUAUAUAUAUAUAUAUAUAUAU